GUCGGCUUUCACUUCAGAGAAAGAGAAAACAGCUAUGCACACAACUGAGAGAAAGCGCAACACUCCCAGAGAUUGAAAAACCCUAGGUUUUAUUCCUCUCGAUAAGUUCUCGAAGUAGAUAGAUAGACAAAUAGAAAAAGAGAUUUUUUUCUUCCUUUUUUUUUUGUUUUUUCAUGUUAUGUGUUCCACUGGUUGGGUUUGAAUUAGGGUUCUGAGGGAUUGGUUAAAUUCGAUUUAUUUUGGAAUUGGAGUUUGUGAUUGGGUUUGGGGCACCUUGUGGAUGAUGGUUUUUCGACAAAUGAAUUUGGAAUUUUGUGAUGUGAGUGAAGUUGGUGCUCUCUAGGGUUUGUGUUUGUGUGUGUGCGGUUUCAAUGGGGAGUAUGAGUGACUCAGACAGAAAACGACGUCACUUUAGCUCCUUAUCCCCUACACCUGCAGCUGCUAUUGCCAAGAAGCUACCCUUCUUGCCCGUUUCAGAAGACAAAAAGCUUGAUAUUGUUGUACUUCAGUAUCAAAAUCAAAAGCUUACACAAAAAUUAGAAACUCAGAAGUUAGAGUAUGCAGGUCUUGAGAAUAGGUUUUCUCAUCUGAAGGAGAGGCAAAAGUCGUAUGAUUCCACUUUAGAAGUGGUCAAGAAGUCUUGGGAGCAGCUGGUUGAUGAUUUGGAGUUGUGUUCUGAACGUACGAGAGAGUCAAGCAGCAAAACAAAUUCUAGAUUUGCAUCAAUCAUGGAAGAUGGCAGUCCAUCUACUGUUCAGGAUGUGUUUCUUAGCCGACUAAUGCAGACUGAUGCAACUGAAUGUGCGUCCUCAUAUAACUUUGCAAAUCAGAUGGAAGAGCAUAGAGAAAUUACCAUUGAAAAAGCUAAAAGCAUUUUAAAAAAUAUGGUGACAGCUGUUAAUAACCUUUGGGUUCUGAUGGAUGGAUUGCAUACUGCAUUAUUGAAAAAGCUUCCAGGAGAUGAUUUGUGUAGGCAGAAAUUGUCCUCUGAUCUUGAGGUGAUAGUUAAAAACUUGAGAUUGGAAUUCAGUGAACUUCAUUUAAAGCACAAGUCUUUAGCAAGUGAGUUCCUAAUUCAGAGAGGUCUUGAUGCCAAAAAUAAAGCUGACCUUGAAAGAUUAAAAGGGGAACUGGCAAACACUGUUAAAGAGUUAGAAGAAAUCAAUCACAAGCUUGCAACUCUUAAGGCAGAGAGAGAUGCUGCAAAAGGGGCAGUUCUCCCAGUCUUAAAUGUUGGAAGUACACACAUUCCUAGUGAUAAGAUCAAAGACAAGCAAAAGGAUUUGCAAGAUAUGGAAUCUACUUUGAAGGAGCUAUUGGACCAAGGUUCAGCUCGAUUAAUGGAUCUGAAAAGUCUUCAUGAGGAAAGAAUACGAAUAUUACAACAGUUGUGUGAUCUACAGAACACUUUAAAGAAUUUGAAGUGUAUUACUUCUUCCCAUGCUUUCCAAUUGGUUAAAGAUCAGAUAGAAAAGUCGAAAUCAGAUGUCCUGGAGUAUCAGGCCUUAUAUGAGAAACUACAGUUUGAGAAGGAUAAUCUUGCUUGGAGGGAGAGGGAGUGGUACAUUAAAAAUGAUUUUGCAGAUGUUUUUCAAAGAUCUGUGGCAGUUUCCGAGUUUAGGGUGGCUGAUCUACGCUCUGAGAUACAGAAAAAGAUAGAGGAAAGAAAUGUGAUUGAAAAUAAGCUGAAAGAGGAAGCAAGAGAGCCAGGAAGGAAGCAAAUUAUUGCUGAAUUUAAAUCUUUGGUUUCUUCAUUUCCUGAUGAAAUGGGGUCUAUGCAAAGCCAGCUUAGAAAAUAUAAAGAAUCUGCUUCAGAUAUCCAUUCUCUGCGUGCAGAUGUGAAGUCUGUUUCUAGUAUUCUUGACAGGAAGGUAAAAGAAUGUGAUGUAUUUUCUGUUAGGUCUGUUGGUCUAGUUGCUGAGAUAAAGAGACUGCUUGGUGUGGUUCAAGACUUGAGAGAGAGUGAGUGGGACUUGCAGUUGAUAUUGGAAAUGUUUAGACGUGAGUCCAUUGAUUCAAGGGAUGUCAUGGAUGCAAGGGAAGCAGAAUACAGAGCAUGGGCUCAUGUUCAAAGUUUGAAAUCAUCUCUUGAUGAGCACAACUUAGAACAUCGAGUUAAGACAGCCAAUGAAGCAGAGGCAAGAUCUCAACAAAAGCUGGCUGCUGCUGAAGCUGAGAUAGCAGACAUGAGACAGAAAUUAGCAGAUUCUAAAAGGCAAAUGUGUGAUCUGUCUGAUGUCUUGAAAUCUAAGAAUAAACAAAAUGAGAACUACUUAUCUGAAAUAGAGAGUAUUGGACAAGCAUAUGACGACAUGCAAACUCAAAACCAACAUCUGUUGCAGCAGAUUACUGAAAGAGAUGAUUAUAAUAUUAAGCUUGUUUUGGAGGGUGUAAGGGCGAGACAGAAGCAGGACUCAUUGCUCAUGGAGAAGCGGGUAAUUGAACAAGAGAUCCAGCAAGCAAACAUAUCAUUGAAUUUAUAUGAUGUGAAAGCUACAAGAAUUGAAGACCAGUUGAAGUUUUGUUUGGAUCAGCUUCAAAAACUUGCAGAGGAUAAGCUUCAAAGUUCUGUCACUUUGGAAAAUACACAAAGAAGGCUGUCCAAUGUUAGAAGACAAUCUCAGCAGGUUACGGAUAUGGUGGUGGAAAUGCAAUCUAAAAUUGGCAGUAAUCGAGUGACGCGCAUGGAGUUACAAGUAGAACUUGAGAAAGAAAGGUUUGCCAAGAAAAGAGUGGAAGAGAAUCUGGAGGUUGCUAGGAGAAAGUUUACAUGCCUUAAAGAACAGAAUGAGGGCUUUUUAGUAACUGAAAAGCUUCAACAGGAACUUGAAGAGUACAGGGAAAUUAUCAAGUGCAGUAUCUGCCAAGACAGGGCAAAAGAGGUGGUAAUUACAAAAUGCUACCACUUGUUCUGCUACUCAUGUAUCCAGAAAGUUGCUGGGAGUAGGCAUCGCAAGUGUCCACAAUGUGGUACAAGCUUUGGGGCUAACGAUGUUAAGUCUGUUUAUUUGUAACUAGAAACUUGGUUCUCUCCCGGAUGUCGAGAAGAGGCUGGUGUUCUUUUGAAAAAGAUCUGGUGUAUGGAUACCUACAUAGGAGGUUCAAUUGUAUGCUUAGUGCCAACUGUCGAGAUAAGGAACAUUGGCAGCGAUCAAUGAGUUGCUUGUCUACAUUUGGACCAAAAAUGAUUAUUUUUUGCUGGUACUUAAUCUUAGUACCACCUGCUCGCAUUUUUGAAUCUGGAAUGAUGUUUAGUUAGCAUUUUUAAUAGAUAGAACGAAUUCGGAGUCAUAGGAAACGUGAUAUUUGUUCUUUGCAGAUUUAUCAUAAUGCAUCUUCCAAUGCGAUUUGGAGAGGGGUCAUGAAGGUUGGUCUUUGACCCUGCAAUUAAUAAUUCAAAUUCGAAAGCCUGAAUUGGCCAUCAUGGCAAAUUUUCUUGGAAGUUGACUCCAAAGGUGGCAACCACGAUGCCUCACAUCUGUAUUUCUGUUUCUCCUGCUGAAAUGACACAAGUACAAAUUUUGGUUUCAGGGGAUUUGUAUAUAUGCUAGAGUUUAUAAGGGGUCGUUCAAUUUUGUUUAUAACAGCCUGUAAUUUGUGUAAUCGUAGAUGAUAUGACUAGAUAUCAUUGUAAUUGAUGUUGUGAAAAGUUAAGAAAGCUCAAGUUUAUCAUUUUUUUCUAUUUAUUUUCAAUGUUGCCUGAAAUUUUAACCGUUGUCUUCUGAGACUUAAAUAUGUUCGAGAAACACAUUCUCACUGCGAAACUCCUCACUAUUGAUGUGGUUGUAUUCGAAAUCGAUCUGAACAUAUUUUAUUGA